AUGGAAGCUUUUGCGAUGGACGUCCCGACUCCGGACAUCUCGCACUCCAGCGAUUUUUGCGACUCUGUUCUAUCUCAGUUCUCUUCGUCGGGGCAAGAGGACGACCAGCAUCUGUGCUCAGUCAUCGGAAGUAUCUCUCAGGAGCUAAGAGACCAGAAUCAGCCCUCCAGUCCGGUGGCCUACUUAGGUGCCAUCUCCACCUCCCUGGACCGCGUGUUAUCUGAGUCCAACCCCCCUACUCACUCGGUUGAUGCUCUGGUCACUCUUCUCUCCCUCCUUCUCCCCCAUAUUUCUGUACCAAUUUUGAGACGUUACAAAGAAUCUUUGUCAUUGUCCGACAGCGUUCUAAAGGUUCUGAGAUUGAAUUCAGCUACCAACGUCGACGUUGUUUCUGCGGUUAAAUGUGUUUCACAUCUGUUGAUGAUUGAAAACAGUGCCAAUUGGGUGAAUGAUGUGGAGCCGCUCUACGCAGCUCUGCUAGGGUUUAUCGCGGAUUCCCGUCAAAAAGUUAGAAAGCAAGCGCACGCGUCGCUCCGCGACGUCUUACAGCGAUUUCAAGGGAAACCAUUGCUUGCACCAGCGAGCGAUGGGAUCAAGAAGACGCUGGAGCGGUUCAUGCUUCUAGUCGGAGGUUCGGACGCCUCUGGAACAGAGAGUUCCAGAGAAGGAGCUCAGCACAUCCUUGACCUUUUGGACGCUCUCAAAGAUUGUCUGCCUCUUAUGUCGCCGAAGAGUGCUACUGAAAUUCUCAAAUAUUACGAGACGCUGCUUGGGCUUCGCCACCCAGUUGUUACUAAGCGGAUAACGGAUAGUUUGAAUAUGUUGUGUAGACACCCAAGUGUGGUUGUCUCGGCAGAAGCAUUGCUUAAGCUGUUAUGCUUGUUAUCAACUGCAAAUGAAACGUCCGUGGAUAAUAUUACUGUCACAGCUCGCAUGCUCGAUUUUGGGAUGCGAAAAGUAUAUGCUUCGAAUCGUCAAAUUUGCGUUGUCAAGCUACCUUCGGUGUUCUCGACUCUCAAAGAUAUUAUGGAGAUGGAGCACGAGGAGGCUAUCUUUGCAGCCAAAGAGGCAUUAAAAAGUUUGAUACAGAACUGCAUCGAUGAUGAUUUGAUUAAGCAAGGAGUUGAUCAGAUUAGGAUGUACACUAGAAAGUCUGAGCCAACUGUGAUUGAAAAACUGUGUGCAACCGUCGAAAGCUUGCUGUCGUAUAAUUUUUUUGCUGUUUGGGACGUGGCCUUUCAAGUUGUCUCUGCCAUGUUUGAUAAGUUAGGUUCUUAUUCACGAGACUAUCCCUCAUAUUUUAUGAAUGGCACUCUGAAGAACUUGGCCGAGAUGGAGAAGUUGUCUGAUGAUGAUUUUCCUUAUAGGAAGCAGUUGCAUGAAUGCCUUGGUUCUGCUCUUGCUGCAAUGGGCCCUGAGUCUUUUUUGAGUGUCCUACCUCUAAGACUGGAGGCUCAUGACCUAUCUGAGAUCAAUGUGUGGCUCUUCCCCAUUGUCAAGCAAUAUACAGUUGGUGCCCAAUUAAGUUUCUUUACAGAGACAAUUUUGAGUAGGAUUAGUGCGAUGAGGCAGAGGUCUUGUGAGCUUGAGCGUGAAGGGCUGAUUGUCUCUGCUAGAAGUGUUGAUGCACUUGCAUACAAAUUGUGGUCCUUGUUGCCGUCAUUUUGCAACUAUCCGUCAGAUACUGCAGAAAGCUUCAAGGAUUUGGGAGAAGCUUUGUGUACUGCCCUUCGUGAAGAACACGAUGUCCGCGCAAUACUAUGUACUGCCUUGCAGAAUCUUGUUCAACAAAACAAGAAAGUUCGGGAAGGAUUUAAUGAUCUGGCUGAUGCUGAAGUUGAUAUAGCUAAACAGAGAGCUCUUAGCAACUACACCCCUGAAGUUGCUAAGCAUAAUUUGAGUGUGCUGCGGUCAUUUUCUAGCAAGCUUUUACCUAUUUUGUCAGGAAUAUUUCUCGACUCUGAAAAAGAUGAUGGUGGUUGUUUGCAGUCUACAAUAUCUGAUUUUGCUUCAAUAGCUGCUGAAGAUGAAAAAACAAGGAUAGUAGUUUCAAAGGGAUUCUCAAGGACCAUGAAAAUGCUUCGGAAGACUACCCAACAAGCAGCUGAAAGAUCCAGAAGUUCUAAUGCUAUGUUGGUUGAUGAUUCAACAGUUGAAAAAUCACCAUCGAUUGAAAGGGCUCGACUGUUUGAUUUGGCAGCUGCACUGCUCUCCCCAGGUUUGAAAGAGGAAGAGGUUGAUGUUUUGUUUAACGCGGUGCAGCCUGCAUUGAAGGACACUGAGGGUUCAGUUCAAAAGAAAGCAUACAAAGUACUUUCUCGGAUUCUACAGAAUGGGUUUCUUUCAUCAAGGUUGGAUACACUGCACGGAACUAUGAUUGAACUGCAGCCCCAUUGCCACUUUUCUGCGACGCGGCACAGGCUCGAUUGUCUGCAGCAUGUGAUAGCUCAUGUUUCCAAGCAAGACUUUGAUCAGAGACGGCUAGACAUCCUUUCUUCCUUCCUUCCUGAGAUAGUACUUGCUUUGAAAGAGGCUAAUGGAAAAACAAGAAAUAGAGCGUAUGAUUUACUUGUCCAGAUUGCCCGUGCAUUUGGAGAUGAAGAGUGUGGUGGGAAAAGAGAGUACAUGUACCAAUUUUUUAAUAUGGUGGCUGGAGGCCUUGCUGGAAAAACUCCUCAUGCAGUCAGUGCUGCAGUUAGAGGGUUAGCCCGUCUAGCUUAUGAAUUUCCGGGUCUUAUCUCUUCAGUUUACCAGUUGCUUCCAACCACUUUUGUCCUCCUCCAGAAAAAGAACCGUGAAAUUGUAAAGGCUACUUUGGGCUUGUUGAAGGCACUAGUGAAGAAGUCAUUGGCUGAUGAACUACAGAUGCAUUUAGGAAGCAUCAUCGAAGGCUUGAUGGGGUGGCAAGAUGAUACGAGUAAGAGUCAUUCCAAAGCAAAGGUUAAGGGUAUCCUGGAAAUGCUGGUGGGAAAAUGCGGUCUGGAUGCUGUCAAGAGGGUGAUGCCUGAGGAACAUAUGAAGCUUCUCACUAAUAUCCGGAAGACAAAGGAUCGAAGAGAGAAGAAGCUGCUUGCAUUGAAGUCAGAAACUAGAUCUCAUUUGUCUGGAGCCACUACUACGUCGGGGUUAAGCAGAUGGAACCAUACAAGAAUAUUUUCUGAUUCCGGAGAUGAAGGAACAGAAGAUAGUGACGUUGAUAUGAAGACUCUGGUUUCUGGUGGAAGGAGCAAGGCUUUCUCACUCCUGAAGUCUAAGGCCUCUACAUUACGGUCAAAGCGAAGAAAGCACAUAUCGGACAAGAGUUUGCCGGAAGACUUAUUCAAUCAGUUGGAGGAUGAACCACUUGAUUUGCUCGACAAGAACAAAACUAGAGCAUCUCUUAGAAGAUCUUCCGAACUUGGCAAAAGGAAAUAUGAAGUAGAUGAUGAUGAGCCAGAGAUAGACCCUGAGGGGCGCCUCAUAAUUAAUGACGAGGGAGAAAAUCCGAGGAAAGUGAGGAACUCCUCUGCUGUAGAAGAUCCGGAUGCAAAGAGUGAAGCAGGUGGUAGUCGCUUAUCAAGGACGACGCAGAAGCGGAGGAAGACAUCUUCAGAAGGCCGUGGCUGGGCCUAUACUGGGAAUGAGUAUGCCAAUAAGAAGGCUGGUGGUGACGUGAAAAGGAAGGGUAAGCUUGAGCCAUACGCAUAUUGGCCUCUUGACCGUAAGAUGAUGAGCCGUAGGCCCGAGCAUAGAGCAGCUGCAAGGAGAGGCAUGUCCAGUGUGGUGAGACAGACCAAGAGGCUGGAAGGCAAGAGUGCCUCUGCUGCUCUUUCCAUGAAGCUAGGAAAAAUCACGGCCCAAAAGAAGGGUUCUAAAAGGAAGAGUGGUUUGUAG